AUGGCUCACUUACUGACCGGAAGGACUGUGCCACCUUUGAAGAGUGCGGGGUUCAAACCAUCCUUGCCAGCUGCACGUGCCGCCCCGUUAGACGCAUUACUUCGUCGUACAUCUCAUCGGAUCCGUCAACUUCCUAGCGCUAUGACGGAACCGGAAGUACAGUUAAAGUCGUUGCCCGUGACCUUGCUGAAACGACGAAAACGGGCUAACAAGGAUAUAAUCAAAGAACAAAGAGAGCGGUCAGAACAACUUCGUAAGCGAGCAAAGCUUAGACGAAGCCAGGUUCGGCGACCCGCCUUUUUCAUUGCUUCCGCUCGCAAAAAGGCUCGUGAUGAGAUGCGUCUCUCACGACAGGCCAUCCGAAAAAGUCCAGUGGUAGCUACCGAUGCUGCCCGUCUUGGAGUCAUCAUCCGGUUGAAGCGAGAAGACGAAGAAUUGUCGGACGAUUGUCGCGCUGUUUUCCGGCUGCUCCGGUUAGAUACUUACAACCAAGCCGUGUUCGUUAAGGUCAACCAGGCUAUGCUUGAGCUACUGGGUCUCGUAGCUCCAUAUGUUGCGUGGGGCUAUCCAACUCUACAGACCGUGCGGGACCUCUUGGCGAAAAGAGGAAGGACAUUUUUCAACCAUCGGAAGCAUGCAAUCGACAACAAAAUAAUUGAAUCCAGAUUGGGUCAUCACGGAAUAUUAUGUUUAGAAGACGUAGUUCAUGAAUUGGUCACCAUUGGCCCUCAGCUCCGUGCGGUCCUCCGAUUUCUGCAGCCCUUCAAGCUAAUGCCACCUAGCAAAAGUUGGCUGUCAGGCUCAAAACGUUGUCGUUCAGCAGCGGACAGGCUAACGGGAAUGCGAGAGGAAAAUAUCAAUGAGAUGAUACGGCGAAUGAUUUGAGCAGCUGUGUUUUUUUUCACCGCACUCUGUAAAAAUAUACUCCUGGUCCUUCUGUCUUCACCGAACACUUCUUAACCUUUGGCUCACAACGUCGCUGACUUCGUUACUUUUGUGUUCCUCAGCAGUCACAGCCAGUCAACUUUACCGUGUUAUUGUCAGUUUAACCUGAACCUACAGCGGUCUCCCAC